AUGGUCCUCUACGUCGUCGGUCUCGGUCUCUCCUCCGAAAAGGACAUCACCGUCCGCGGUCUCGAAGCCGUAAAAUCCUGCGAGCGCGUCUACCUCGAAGCCUACACCUCCAUCCUCAUGGUCGACACGGAGAAGUUGUCCGAGUUUUACGGGAAGGAGGUCGUUGUUGCCGAUAGGGAGAUGGUCGAGAGUGAGAGUGAUAAGAUCCUCGAUGGGGCGCAGGAGAAGAAUGUCGCGUUCCUCGUUGUCGGAGAUCCAUUUGGCGCAACAACCCACACGGACCUCGUCAUCCGCGCCCACGAACUCUCCAUCAAAGUCGAAAUCAUCCACAACGCCUCAAUCAUGAACGCAAUCGGCGCCUGCGGCCUCCAACUCUACAACUUUGGCCAAACCGUCUCCAUGGUAUUCUUCACCCCCACCUGGCGUCCAGACUCCUUCUACGACCGUAUCAAGGAAAACAGGGAUAUCGGGUUGCAUACGUUGGUGUUGUUGGAUAUUAAGGUCAAGGAACAGAGUUUUGAGAAUAUGGCGAGGGGGAGGAAGAUUUAUGAGCCGCCGAGGUAUAUGACUGUUGCGCAGUGUGCGGAGCAGAUGCUCGAGAUUGAGGAACUCCGGGGUGAGGGCGUAUACACACCCAACACCAUCGCAAUCGGUGUCUCGAGAAUCGGAUCCCACGAUCAGAGAAUCGUUACGGGAACGCUGCAGGAGCUCUCGGAGGCGGAUUUGGGACCCCCGUUGCAUUCGUUGGUGUUGCUUGGGAGUAGGGUGCAUGAGCUUGAGGUUGACUAUAUUAGGGCGUUUGCGUUGAAUAAGGAGACGUUUGAGCAGGUUGUUGCGUUGGAGCAUAAUAAGAAGGCAUCAUGA